UAUUUUGUACACGCUUAUCGAUAGUUAUCGCUGUCGUUAUGUGUAUUGCGCAGUUUUUUGAUAAUACAAAAUAUUUGCACAAUACACAUAUAACGACACCGACAACUAGCGGUAAAUAAUAGCAAAAUAUAUGUGCUGAUUGUUAUUGGUGCCGUGUGCAUCCAGUUUAAAUACAAUAAACGAAACAGUAGUUCAUAAUCACAAGUGUUCCUGUCUCCAAAAGAAUCAUUAUGUGGAAGAUAAUAGCAUUGUGCGCUUUUGUGGGCCUAGCGGCUGGCCAGAAGGCUCGUUACGACAAAUAUAAAGUCUACAGAAUGAUCCCGACUACACAGACGCAACUCGAAAUUCUGCGCCAAAUGGAAAACAUUGAUGGAUUCUCCUUCUGGGAUUUUCCAAGUAUCGUGAACAAACACGUGGACCUGAUGGUCGCCCCGCACAAGUUGCCCGAAUUCUUCGAGAAAAUGCAUGAUAUUCCUAUAUAUUUACCCUAUCGAUUUCACAUCUACGAUGUCCAGAAAUUGAUUGAUGAAACAACCCCUAAGACUCGGUCAAAAUCGUUUGAUCUCACCAGUUAUCACACUCUCGACGAGAUCUACAAGAACAUGGAUGUCUUGGCCGAGCAAUAUCCCGACAAAGUGCAGACUGUCGUGGCUGGCAAAACAUACGAAGGGCGCAAAAUCAAAGGUGUCAAGGUUUCCUUUAAAGCCAACAAACCUGGAAUUUUUAUCGAGGGUGGCACUUACCCCAGGGAAUGGAUCUUGCCGGCAAUCACCAUGUACAUCUUGCAUCAAUUGCUGACCAGUAACAAUACAGACGUCAGAGCUUUAGCUGAGAAUCACGAUUGGUACAUCUUCCCCUUAUUCAAUCCGGAUGGAUAUGUGUACACGCAUACUACGAAUCGAAUAUGGAGGAAGACGCGUGAACCGCACCGUCUUUCUCUCAUUUAUUGCCGUGGCAGCGAUCUCAACAGAAACUGGGGCUACAGAUGGAAGAAUUUCAGUAGCUCCCCGUGUUCUGAAAUUUAUGCCGGGAAUGCACCCUUCUCCUGUAUAGAAGCGAAGAGCAUGUCCGAAUACAUCAGAUCUAUUUCUGAAGAACUUGUCGCUUAUCUAGCAUUCCAAGGCUAUUCACAAUUGAUGUUCCCAUACGAUUACACGGCGCAGCAUUUUGCAGACUACAACAAUUCGUACGCCAUCGGCACAAAAUUGAUUACAGCUAUCAAACAAAGACAUGGAACUACAUAUAAAACCAGAAAUGUUGCUGAGAUGAUAUACAUGAAUUCUGGAAGUAGUACGGAUUAUGUCAAAGGCAUAUAUGAUAUACCUAUCAUCUACAUCUACUUGCGUGAUCAAGGUAAUUACGGCUUUUUGUUGCCCCCUGAACAAAUUAUCCCAACUGGAGAAGAGACUAUGGAUUCUCUCGUAGCAAUGUUUAAAGGGGCAAAGGGGCGUGAAUAUUACAAAAAAAUUUGAAGUUGACUUAAUUAAUUUAUUGUAAAUACUUUAUUAUUUCGAUGUAUGAUACAUUUUAUUUUAUUUGACAAAGUACGAAUCUCGCUUUUCAUUCUGCUUUGUAAUCU